CGAAAGGCAGGGCCCGUGCAAUGCAGAUGCAGCACAUUUUGGUCAGCUGCAGCCUACGGGCUUUCACAGAUCUACUUUGCAGUCUGAAUGGGGAGUCUACGGAGGGCAGUCGUCCUGCGUUUACAUUUGAAGCAGAUUUUUUAGACUUCAGACGGAGCCUACGACUGCGGAUGACUAUGAACUUGGCCAAACUUCGUAGAUAAUCACACGUAUACCAACGCGUAGGAGAGGAGGCCAUAUUACAUGUAUUUUUUUUUAAAUUCAAAAUCUUUAGUCCAAAAUGACGAAUGUUCUUUGGUUUUCACCUGCGGCUUUAAUUUAGGCGAGGAUGAAGAAUGCAUUUCGAAUCGACGAGAGCGAACUACGUUUCGCCGCGGAGUGUUACUGAUUUGAAUCGUGUGCAACACAGUGUAGUGGUGGAGUGGUGCGGUAAUCGCUGAGCCCAGUCUGUGCGCUAAAAUUGGUAGCUACAAAUGAACUUUGUUUGUGCAGCAUAUGUGUACAUUUAACAAAAGUCGUUGUUCAAGCGCCCACUUCAUUUUGUCCUUUGGAUAGUUUUACAAAAUAUUUACAUCUGUAUCUUGCGAAACCAAGGACCACAGUACUGGAAGGACUUUACUGACCUCAAAAGAUGUCAAUUCUGCCUUUUACUCCCCCCAUUGUGAAAAGGCUUUUGGGUUGGAAAAAAGGCGAACAGAACGGACAAGAGGAGAAAUGGUGUGAAAAAGCUGUGAAAAGCCUGGUGAAGAAGUUGAAGAAAACAGGGCAACUGGAUGAAUUGGAAAAAGCCAUCACGACACAGAAUAUCAACACGAAAUGUAUUACUAUACCAAGGUCUCUGGAUGGACGGUUACAGGUGUCCCACAGGAAGGGCCUCCCGCACGUCAUCUACUGCCGCCUGUGGCGCUGGCCGGACCUGCAGUCCCACCACGAGCUGCGGGCCGUGGAGCUCUGUGAGUACGCCUUCCACACCAAGAAGGAUGAGGUGUGUGUCAACCCCUACCACUACCAGAGGGUGGAGACGCCAGUGCUGCCUCCUGUGCUGGUUCCCAGACACACAGAGAUCCCCAGUGAGUUUCCUCCUCUGGACGACUACAGCCACUCCAUCCCAGAGAACACCAACUUCCCCGCCGGCAUCGAGCCACAGAGCAACUACAUACCAGAGACUCCUCCACCUGGCUAUCUCAGUGAAGAUGGGGAGACCAGUGAUCACCUGAUGAACCACAGCAUGGACACCAGUUCACCCAACCUGUCACCAAACCCAGUGUCUCCAACACACAGCAAUUUAGACCUACAGCCUGUGAUGUACUGUGAACCAGCCUUCUGGUGUUCUAUCUCCUACUACGAGCUGAACCAGCGGGUGGGCGAGACCUUCCACGCCUCCCAGCCGUCCCUCACCGUGGACGGCUUCACCGACCCCUCCAACUCAGAGCGCUUCUGCCUGGGCCUCCUCUCCAACGUCAACCGUAACGCCGCUGUGGAGCUGACACGCAGACACAUCGGCAGAGGGGUACGGUUGUACUAUAUUGGAGGAGAGGUGUUUGCAGAGUGCCUCAGCGACAGUGCCAUCUUCGUCCAGAGUCCCAACUGUAACCAGCGUUACGGCUGGCACCCCGCCACUGUCUGCAAGAUCCCCCCAGGCUGCAACCUGAAGAUCUUUAACAACCAGGAGUUUGCUGCCCUGCUGGCCCAGUCGGUGAACCAGGGCUUCGAGGCAGUCUACCAGCUCACCAGGAUGUGCACCAUCCGCAUGAGCUUCGUCAAGGGCUGGGGAGCAGAGUACAGGCGACAGACCGUGACCAGCACCCCUUGUUGGAUCGAGCUGCACCUCAACGGCCCCCUGCAGUGGCUGGACAAGGUGCUCAUGCAAAUGGGUUCCCCCAGCAUCCGCUGCUCCAGCGUGUCGUAGGAAUACUCUCCCCACCGUCUCUGUCACAGCACCAGUGAAUUAAACAGACUAGAGACCAUAGUCACAUCAACUAAAGGA